GCGACCAUCUCAGAAGCAACAUGAACUGCGUCACAUUGGUAUUUGUGAGCACAAUACUGCAUUCUUGCCUUUCACCAUGCUUCAUAAAUGCACAGGAAUAUGUGACAGUCAGCAUACAAGAAGGAGAUCUGAGAGGUCAAAUCAAAAGGACCUACACCAAUAUGACGAUGUACAGUUUCAAAGGCAUCCCCUAUGCAGAAUCCCCAGUUGGUGACCUCAGAUUCCAGCCGCCCGUGAGGAAAGCUGCUUGGACAGGAGUUCGAGAUGCUCUCCAGUUUGGACCUGCCUGCACUCAGUCUCUGUUUGGCGAAGAGGACUGCUUGUAUCUCAACGUGUAUUCCCCGAUACUCUCAUCGCAGACUGAAACACUGAAAGCCGUCGUGGUGUACAUUCACGGAGGAUGUUUCACUGGAGGAAGCGGUGCUAUAAGUGAGCCUCGCUACUUCGUGGACAACGACGUUGUAUUUGUCAGUAUUAAUUAUCGCCUAGGACUACUAGGUUUCCUCAGCACGGGAGACGACGUCGUCCCUGGAAACAUGGGCCUCAAGGAUCAAGUGGAGGCCCUCAGGUGGAUCCAGAGGAACAUAGCGGCCUUUGGCGGCGAUUCAGAGAGAGUGACUCUCUUCGGCCAAAGCGCAGGAGGAGCUUCCAUUCAUUAUCACGGCCUAUCUCCACUUAGCAAAGGUCUCUACAAUAACGGCAUAGCAAUGAGCGGGUCAGCUCUGAACCCCUGGGCAUUCUCCAAAAACGCCACAGACAGAGCAAUACGCUUCGCUAACUACUUGGGAUAUACGGGACAGAACUCCACAGAUCUAGUAGGCUUUUUGAAAACCGUGGAUGCACGCACUCUAGCCAAAGACAGUGACAAAGCACUGUCAGAGGAGGACAGCCAGAGUUUACUCUCAUGCGUCUGGGUACCCAGUGUCGAACCGGAUCACGAAUCAGCGUUUCUCACUGAGGAACCAUGGCGGCUGAUGGCUGAAGGUCGCUUCAAUCCCGUCCCGUACAUGUCAGGAGUUACGGACCUCGAAAGAGUUGCCCAGAUUCACGCUAUCGGAUCACUGGCUACAGAAGAAGAUAUUAGUAAUCUGAACGCAAACUUCGAUGAAAUUGUUGGGUGUGAUCUGAGACUUCCAACCAGAGAGGAACAGCUGAGUGGUGCUCAUUCGCUGAGACUGUUUUACUACAACGACAGCGAGAUCACGGUGCAGGACAACUACACCACAGCUCUGUUUGCUUCUCAUCUGUCUUUCGUCGAGGGAGUUGACGCUGUCGUAAGAAGUAUGGGCAGAUAUUCUUCAGAGCCCGUAUACUACUAUGAAUAUAGUUACAACGACGGACCUCUCAGUCUAUUUCCUGAAGGUGCAGGCCAUCUUGCCGACUUAGUGACCAUGUUCUUUACGACUAUACUUGAUCCUACAUCGGAUGCGGCUGUUCUCAGGGACCAGAUGACUGCAAUGUGGUCUAAUUUUGCGAAGUACGAUGAUCCGACUCCAGAGCUGAACUCACUUCUGACGGAAAAAUGGGAGACUUACAACGAAUCGUCGGCUUUCUACUUAGAACUAGCAGCUCCUCUGAAGCCACGAAUGAGAUUAUUUGAGUCCUAUAUGAACUUCUGGCACAGUCUAUUGCCACAAUAGGUGCAACAACUUGAAUAAAAAUUUUGUGGUACAUUA